GAAAUGUCAUUUUAUGUCAAAUCAGCAUCCUUCAAAAUGACCGAGUUGAUAAUUUCUGCAAGAGCUUAUUGUAAAAUAAUUUUACACGCCGCAAAAUACGGUCAUUGUUCUAUUAACGGUGUUUUACUUGCGAAACCUACCAAAGGAAAAGAUGUAGAGUUUGUCGACGCAAUUCCACUUUUUCACGUAGCACUUAACCUCACUCCAAUGGCGGAAAUUGCUUUAACUGAGAUCGAUCAAUAUGCCAAUCAAUUAGGUUUGGUGAUCGCUGGUUAUUACACAGCACAUGAGAAUCUUAAAGAAUGUUCAAUCGAAAAAGCCAAUCAUAAAAUAGCUGAAAAAGUGGCAGAAAAUUUUCCGUCAGCUUGUAUGGUUAUUGUGGAGAAUCAUAAAUUAAAUUUGAAAGGGGAUAAUGCUGCAAUUAAAGUCGCUCAGUAUUCAGAUGGGAAAUAUAGACAAGUUGAUGUGAAUAAAGUUUCUUUAGCCCCGAAAGAUACUCUUGGAUGUUGUUCACAAUUGUUAAAAGAACGUGCAUAUUCGCAUUUAAUUGAUUUUGAUAAUCAUUUAGAUGAUAUUACUGAAGAUUGGAAAAAUGAAUAUUUAAAUGAUAACAUUGAUAGAUUAAUUUAAUUUAUUUAUUUUUUUUUUUAAGUGCAAAUGUAUUUUGUAUUAAUUAUUUUAUAAAGAUAUUUAAUUUUUGGGUAUUAAAAAAUACACAAACAUAG